AUGACUGCAAAGCCUGACCCUGAACGGGCUGCCUCUCCUCCUCACACAUCCUCCCACCUGCCUUCACGCCCUCGCGCCUCACUCGACCAUCACACCGCCUCUCGCUCAAUCACAUCUCGUGCCCAACCCCGUCAGAGUGAAGAUCGCUCCUUACUUCCGCUCCAUCACGCCGACAUCUCUUCGUCCUCUACCACUACCCCUACUAGGAUACUUCAGAACCCCUUCCCGUCCGACCUCUCCGUCAACGACAACAACGCCUACACCGGUCGACCGGUCCUUGAUACAAGCAGACGCUACUCAACUUCAAGCGGAUACGCCCCGGCCUCGCUUUCCUCUUCCUCUGUGCGCUCGUCGUCCUCUCUUGGGAGCAUUUAUUCACCUACCCCGGUCAACCCAAACCUAAGCAACAAGCGCCGAUCUGGACAGAUACCCACGCUCUCUGUCACACCCGAGUCACCUUCUCUGACCAGGAGCUCCACAGGCGGAUUCCACACCUUCAGUCCAGACUAUCGAUCUUCUCACGACGCGGACAGCAUAAACGCCUUUCCUCUCGCCGCCACUCCUCAGUCACCCUCGUUUUCAAUCUCCUCUCUGUCGAGUAUCAUCCCUAUAUCCAACUCGAUCUCGAGCAUCGCCAGCACUGCAACCAACAAACCACCAGUUCUCGAACAUCGACACCCUAUAUCCAUAAAGGACUUUGAGAGCAUCCACCUUUUGGGACCCAACCAGAAAACAGCCAUCAAGACACUUUGCUCCGCACGAGUCCUGAGUAGAAUUGACACUAUCGGCUGGUUCUCGAUCCUCGGCGCACAAAAGUUCCCAUUAAUUUCAACAAGCCAAGAAGCAUACGACAUUGAGAUGGCGACUACCUGCAUGGCGAUCGAGUUUGGAGCCAACAACUCUCAGACACAAAACUUCAACACUCUGGUUCUGCAAUUGCUUUCGCAGAUAAAACUCAUCAAGGAUCAGGAGUACAAGGGCGAUAUACCCCACCAUGCCUACAACGCAUUGUUCUUGACCCGCGUCUUUUUGAACCAUUUUAUCUCGCAUCUGUCAUCCAGUCAGAUGCUAUCAACGGAUGCACAGCAGGAAGCCCUCGGCAUCGUAUCAUUCAAAGGAUGCAAGCUUGGAGUCGAUCAGGCAUUGGUGUCCGAUCCUCGGUCGUAUGCGGAACAAUUGAUUCAGGGUAUCAUUGGAAUCAUUUUAAAUCUAGACGCAGGGUCAUCUCCACCAGCUUACGAGUUUUAUCAGGAAACGCUGAAUCUCUUUAUCGUGAUGGCUUCUACCCAGCUCCAGCUGACCACCUCAGAGACCAGCGAGAGGAACUACUUUUUGAACCUAGUCCUCGACAAGUUCAGUCAAGUUGCGGGCCAAUUGACGCUGAGAAUGUUGUGGAACUUUACAGACCAGCGGCCGAGUCCACCAUUGACAGGAAGCAUUGUCUACAGCGCCUACAGCUAUCUCUUUGCCAAAACAGGAUCAUCGCCAUCAUCGGAGGCACACCCAAUUGCUGACAGGAGUGUUCUUGUGCUGCUUUUGCUGCAUUCGCAAUCGAUGAGCAACCCCAACUGGAAAGCCUUCAAGACAGCUAUUCAGAGUAUCCGGGAUGAGCGAGGCUCCAUGGCGGAUGACCAAAAGGACGACACCAUUUUUGUAUCUUUCCGGAAGGUCUUCCAUAUCGUAUGCCAGCAAAUUCACUGUGAGGAAGUGUGUCUGUUGCUGCACGUCCUACUGGUCGAAAACACCUACUUUAGGACUUAUGUCCUAUCUAGAACUGACCCAGAGACCCUGUAUCUGCCGAUUCUGAGGAUGGUGUAUGAAGGCGUUGAUGGCAAAACAAACUACUCUCAGGUUUAUGUGCUGCUAGUCAUUCUGCUCCUGUUCAGCCAGGACGACGUAUUCAAUGACAGCAUCCAAAAGAUUGCGAUGACAUACCAACCCUGGUUUACGGAACGCCUACUCAAGUCCAUCUCACUUGGAGGUCUUGCCGUGGCGAUCGUCAUCAGGACAAUCCAGUAUAAUCUGGCCCAACACAAGGACGUUUAUUUUCAUACCAACUCGCUGGCCAUCCUAGCCAACAUGUCGAACUCCCUCCAGGACAUCCACCCAUACGUGUCCCAGAGACUGGUGACGCUCUUUGACAUUGUCGCAAGGAGGUACCAAAAACUGGUGACAAAGAAGGCGCAGCAGGAUGAAGUCCUCGACAAGAACCCUGAUGUGAUUAUUUACGGAGACAUGGUGACCUUGGUCCUGGAGAUCAUCAAUUCGACUCUGACCCACAAACUGAAAGCCAACCCCCAGUUGGUUUACUCACUCCUACACAAGCAAGAGAUGUUUGCCUAUUUCCGGGACGACCUCAAGUUCAAGGACCUGAUCCAGAAUAUCGAACAGGCCGUCAACUAUUUCCAACAAAAGGUCUCUGAAGCCAACAUCAAGGCGCCAACACCCGAAGAAGUUGCACAGGUGAUCCAGACAGCUUCCAGAACCUGGCCACCGAACCUGAUGAAGACGUUCCCGGAUAUCAAGUUCCAGUAUGAGGAGGAGGAGCAAUCGAAUGAGUUCUUUUGCCCCUAUGUUUGGUCGUUGAUUUAUCGGAACACGUUUGUGUAUUGGGAUGAGGAGAAGGCCAAGAUUCUGCACGACUACAGAACCGUCAUGAAUGACGAGCAUGCGUUAGAGGGAGUUCCCAUUGGCGGGCAGUCCUCGGUCCCAUAG